CCGAGUUCUGCGUAAUUUUGUUUUGUUUUCCAAAAAUCACAAAAAUAUAAUAUAUGUUCCCAAUGCGCAGCACUGGCAGGGUCGCCAUGCAACCAUAUACAGAAAUGAAAUUCGACAUUGGAAAAUUUUGAAUCAAUAAGGGUAAAUCUUCAAUCGGAGCUUGGUACUGUACUAGUGCAGCUAUCUCCGGUAGCUGUGGAUCGCUGUAUCUAGGUAUGAGUGCUCUCCUAUAAGCAAAACUACGAUAUUGACCUACAGCAGCAUGAUAUCUAGGUGAAUUCGUAAUAUUUGAAACAGACUGUAACAUAUUGCGCGAAUAUGUUAUAAAUAUAUGAUAAAACCACUCUGGCAUAACUGCUCCAAGAGUCACUCUAGUACCAUUCCUGACCGCGUAAGUGCUAUGUGAUAGAACAUCACGCCAUCUAUUAUUUAAAGGUGAAAUGACUGCAUCAGCCAUCGAAGUGUCCAAACCGUAACUCCCAUCCGCUGGGACCAUAUAUGUAUUCUGAGGAACCAGACUUACUCCCUUGACGAUUUUUAAAGCUUCCUUGGCCACAACGCGUAUAGCCUGGUUAAUCGACUGAAUUAUCUCCAAUGGCGUCUGCGCCACUUCAAAACCAUCGAACGGAAUUGGUACGAGAAUAAAUCUCGCAUUAUCUCCUAUUGGCAACAGUUUAUAAAAACAAUGAAAUUUAUCUGUAACUUGCAGAACUGCCCCCGAUUUUUCAAGAAUGUUACUAUCAACAGGCGUAAUACCCAAUGAUGAAACUAAUGAAACCCUCUGUAACGAUUCCUUUAGAGAUUGUCUCAAAGCGUCUAGCGUAAUUUGAAUUUGCUCUUUCACAGCAUCGAUAUUAAAUCCGUCCCUAACAGGAACUUUUCCUGUUGAGCUCAUUUCCUCUUCUUUAGCAUCUGAUUGUGCUAGCGUUUCAGCUUUGGAUUUCCCAGUAUCACCAUCCUCUUCUUUUGUCUCUUUAAAUUCCUUAUCGUUGCGCUUGUCGCCUUUUGACUUUUUGCCCAUGUCUAAGAUGCCUUACGCUCACUGACUUUUAUACUUUCGACAACGUCAAAACAGGAUAUUUUUAACGGCUACACACUACAGUGAAAAUACAAUGUGGCGAGUACUUACCAAUUCGAAGUUGGAUGCCUGUAGCUCGCCUUCACAUUCAUGCCACCAAUAACAGGUUACUACGUGAGUUGCUAAGUUGUAAAUUGUAAAAUUAUGACAACAAAGCUUUGUCUUAUAAUAAUCUUAUAUUCUUCAGUGUCAAUUGUUUCAAGUCCAGAUUCCACAACCAACGUUUCUGUGUCUAUAAUCGGUUCAAUGGAGUCAUCCAAUUCUUCAACUCCAAUUGUUUGACUAUCAUUGGUAGCAAAAUGCGUGAUUUCCAAUUCACUGACACCUUCCGAGGCUUCGCAUUUUAAUAGCAUUCGAUUUAGGGACAGAGAAAUAUGUGUCUUCAAAUUGAAUUUCAGGACCAUUUUCAGUAGCUACACUAUCAACCUCUAUAGGGGAUUUUUAUUUUUAUUUUUUGGUUCGUUGUCCGGUUUGUAUACUAAAACGUUCUCUAAAAUUUGUAUCCGGCUAUGAUGCUUUAUCUUAGGAUUCGUUGCUUUUAUUCCAUUAUCUGCUAAUAUUUUAAGGAUUUCCUGUUCCUCAUCAUCAGACUGCAACAAAUCCAUUUAGAUGAUAUCUAAAAGCAAUGAAAAAAUCCAUGUGAAUACAAUACGUCGUAUUUCAAAGGCAAACUAUAAAAUUUAAAUUCGAAUAGGUAGUAUCGUAAAAGGCAAUUUUGAAUUCGUAAUUAUUAUAAUAAAAGUGGUUUUCCACAAAUGAAGUAUGUUUUAAAACAGUAAAAAAACGUCAAAUAACAAAGUAAAAACCAUUGCAUACCUUGGCAGCUUCUAAAAACAAUCACACAUGACUUAAAUCGCAGAGCAAACUGCGCGAUGUCGACAAACUACGGUGACUUAAUGAGUUAAUGCAUAUUCGCAGAAAGAUCGAGCCAUUGAGAUACGUCGCAUUACGUCAAGUAUUUUAUCUCACUCUUUUUCAAACAAACUGUGCAAAGUAAAGAAAGAGAAAGAUGUAGUUGCCAAAUGAUAUGGAAAAUUACAUGGAAUAUCAUGUCAUGGGAUUUGUAUCGCAAGUUCGGAUGAAACCAGAUAUUUUACCUAGUAAAUUUGAUUGUCAACCAGAUAGAAGAAAACGAGCAAGCAGUAGUUUGGAACGACCAUGUGCUCUAAAAAGACAAAGGAUGACUAUAAUAGCAGAGUGCUUAAAUAAAACAGACAGCAGCAUUGCCAAAACUACUCCAGUUCAAGAAAAAUCUCCAGUUAUUAAUGAAGAUUUACAAAAAACUAGAAAAACAGAAGAUUGCUUAAAUAAAACAGUUGAGAGCAGCAUUUCCAGCACUAGUUCAGUUCAAGGAGAAUCUUCUGUUACAAAUUCAGAUUCACACAUGAUCGGAGGAAUUUUACAAGAACCUAAAAAAACAGCAAAUAAAUGUGUACAAGUAUUGCUGACAAAGAAAUACAGAAGCAAAGCUACUCAAACACAAAAGAAAUCAAUGGACCAGGCAGCUUCACCACCUUCACCAUUCAGAUAUAGCAAAAAUGUUUCUACAUCUCCAUUUAAAGUUGAACAUGUACAACCUAAACUAUCACGACCAUCUGGAUCUGGAAUAUCAAAGAAGUUAUUAUGGGAAGAAGAUAACUCAGAUAGUGAUACCCAAAAGCAGUUACUUUUUAUUGGACAUAAUAAGUAAAGAAACCAAUAUUUCAACAGAAAAUUUUAUGUUAUGUUUGAAAAAAAAAUCGCUUAGACACUAAAAAUCAAGAACUAGCUGAUGACUUUGCAAUGACACCAUCGAAUGAUACCAUUUUUUUUAAAAAAAAUGUUCUUAUAUUAGCAAGUGUGUUGCGUCCAUUCAUUGUGAACAUAGAUAAAGAAUUAAAUAGAAAAACCCUGCCCAUGGCAUUUAGGCAUAAAUAUUAUAACGUUAGCUGCAUUAUUGACUGUUUAGAAAUCGAGGUGCAAAAGCCAUCUAAGUCAGUCAACCAAACAUUAACUUGGUCUGAAUAUAAAAAAGCCAAUACAAUUAAAUAUUUAAUAUCUUGCACUCCAAAUGGAUUAGUGAACUACAUAUAGCAAGGAUUUGGGGGCAGAACAACGGAUACAUGCUUGGUAGAAUCCUGUGAUUUUGUAAAUACUUUAGAAAAAGGAAUGGUUGUAAUGGCAGACAGAGGGUUCAAACACAUUGAACAGUUUUUAUUAAAGUUUGUGGUUCAAUUAGUUAGACCUCCAAGUGUACAAUCGGGUGGAAAACUAAGUAAGGUUGAGGCUAAGCAAACGAAACAAAUUGCUAGUUUAAGAAUACAUGUGGAACGUGUGAUACGGCGUUUGAGAGAAUUUAAUAUGUUAAGACCACAUGCAUGUGUCAAUACAAAUCAUGUAAAAAUAUUAGAUGAUAUUAUUACUAUAGCAUGUGCUUUAAUUAAUUUGCAAGAUUCUCUAAUUAAAUAAAACUUCAAAUGA